AUGACACAUGCAAAGCUUGAAUGCAACGGGUAUGUAAACACCCUUUUUGCAUAUUCAGCAGCUUGGUAUCGCGCUAUCACGGCUCCAAACAAACAUCUGGUUGGCUUCCGGGUGCUUGUAAGGUACCUGACAUUCUGGCUGUCGCUUAACGCAGCAAGAGAACUGUCUGCCAAGUGCACAGGAGCUGAUAGAUAUGUCUGGUAUCCAGAGGUUGGGCGCGGAACAGGCAAUUUCUCAAUUGGUGAUACAUGGAGAGCACUUCAUCCUUAUCCAAUAGAAGCGUUUUGGCACAGAGUGGUGUGGUUCCAAGGUAGAAUACCGAAGCAUGCGUUCCUGACUUGGGUGGCUGCUCGUGACAGAAUGCUUACGAGAGAUCGCCUUAUUGGAUGGGGAUUGUCGGUUCCUUCGAACUGUGUACUAUGCGCAGGUCAUGAUGAGAACCGGCAACACCUGUUUUUCGAUUGCUCCUUUAGCAAUCAGAUUUGGAUGUUCUUUACUUCUCGGAUGCAGCUUACUCCUCCACAGGGGUUUGAUGAAGUGUUGAGAUGGCUGAAAGAUCCAUCAAGAGACAAGAAUGUGAUCCUGAUUAUUAGACUCAUUCACCAAGCUGUAUUGUAUUUGGUUUGGAAAGAGAGAAACAAGCGUAUUCACACAGCUGAAAGUUCUCUUCAAAGCAAAAAAAUCUCCUUCUCUCUCUUUUAA